ACAUGGUGCCAGAGUGCGGGUUAUUCCGUCCACUCCGUGCAACCCACGUGCCGAGCGCUGGCACGGGUGCGGGCGCGCGCAGGGCGCGGCUGAGCGGGGACGCGCAGAGCCCGUGUCCGCCGUCGGACGAGAGACAGUUCGGGUGGCGAGACCCACGAGACGGAGAAGGAGAAGAGGAGGAGGAAGAGGAGGAGGAGGAGGAGGACACCGCCGCACCCGCGCUCAGCCAAGAUGAUGCCACUCUUGUGGACCUUCAUUGUCGCCAGUCUGUCAGUAGGAGCCAGAGCUCAAGGGUUUGAUCUUUCAGACGCUUUUGAUACCACUGUCUCAACAACUUGGACCGUACCCGCGUCUGUAAAACCCAAGAGCCCAGUUACGGGUGAAGCAGUUCCUUUCGUGCCUGAAAGCUCAAAACAACCACCAAAAGAUCUCGAGACGAGAAAACCCACAAUAAGCCAUCCUUCGAAGACUGAUACUGGUCCCGUUGGCGACUCGGACCUGGAACAACAUGGCGGUGACUCUGAACCAGCAGAUGGGACCAAGAAGCAUCAUGAUGCUGGAUCUGGCCCAGUUGCUGGUAUCUUGAGUGCCGUGGGUGUCGCCAUCCUGGGUGCCGCCACCAGUUUCUUUGCCUACCAGAAGAAGAAGUGGUGUUUUAAAGUACAAGGCGGUGAUCCUGAACGUGCCGACAAGAACAUUCAGGAGAACCAGACUGAGCCUCAGGUUCUUAGCAAUCUGCAGAACACAGCAUGACUGCUGGAGCCGAAUCUACAAAACCCAGGAGGAAUUUACUUGAUGAACACCUUUCAGAUGUUCCAUGUGUUAGAUGCCGGAACAGUGCAGGUCUUGUCAGUUAUGCUGACCAAGUUCAGCGGUAGAAAUGUUUAUAAGUGCUUAUGAGAAUAUAACAAUACCACUUUUUUAGGUGUUACGCAGCAAAAUACGCCUUAAUUUUUGUACGUAUUUUUAAAGAAAUUCUGGUAAAGUACCAGGUAUUAUUUUUUAAUGAUUUCGAAACAGUUUAUAAAGAUGUUUCAAUGGAAUGGUCCUUAAAAGAAAUGGCCUUACUCAUUAUUUUGGGUGUGAAUUAAUUUGUCAUAUCAUUAAAGUAAAAGCUGUGCCACAGUCAUGUUAAUUUGGGAUGCUUGAUCAUCAUCUUUAAACCAAAGACAAGUUUUGUUACCUGCACUGCACUAGGAAGCAGGUAAUUCUUCAUAUUCAGUAUGUUUUGUGGUUUCUGUAUUGAAAAAGAGAUGAUUUAACACCAUUUUGUUACAGGCUGGAAAAGAUGGGUGACCUGUAACAGGGAAGCAUAUAUGUUUUAAUAGGUAGAUUUCCUUUCAUUCAUUUUAUAAACUGUAAAUACAUUUAUAAAAAUGUAGUUGAUGGAUUUUUAAAUGUUUUGUAUGAAAGUGCCAAAUGCGGUCUGAUUUUGAUACAAAAUUUGCAUAUCGGGAUCGUUGCUUUGCUUUUGCAGGAUGGGACAUUAUGUAUCAUUUUAACUCUCAAACGCUCAAUACACUUUAUGUUUAUUAGAGACAGCAGGUGGCGCAGCAGUUACAGUUUCCGUCUUAUACUCAGAAGGCCUGGGUUUGCAUCGCAUCUCUUGUAGUGCCCUUGAGCAAGGUGCUUACCUUGAGUUGUUCCAGUAAAAAUACGGUAUAUCCAGCUGU